CGCGGGCGGCGGGGCGGCCCUCGGGCCAUGCGUUCGGCUCGGCCCAACCCGGCCGGCCGGGGGCGGCGCCCCGAGCCCGGGCCCCGCGCGGCCCGUGCCCCCGGCUCCCGCUGAGCUCCGGGGGCCCCACUGUGGCCGAGGCCAUGUUCCCCGUGUUCCCUUGCACGCUGCUGGCCCCCCCCUUCCCCGUGCUGGGCCUGGACUCCCGGGGGGUGGGCGGCCUCAUGAACUCCUUCCCGCCACCUCAGGGUCACGCCCAGAACCCCCUGCAGGUCGGGGCUGAGCUCCAGUCCCGCUUCUUUGCCUCCCAGGGCUGCGCCCAGAGUCCAUUCCAGGCCGCACCGGCGCCCCCACCCACGCCCCAGGCCCCGGCGGCCGAGCCCCUCCAAGUGGACUUGCUCCCGGUUCUCGCCGCUGCGCAGGAAUCGGCCGCGGCGGCUGCAGCCGCGGCGGCGGCGGCCGCUGCUGUGGUUACUGCACCCCCAGCCCCUGCUGCCGCCUCCACCGUGGACACAGCGGCCCUGAAGCAGCCUCCGGCGCCUCCUCCGCCACCCCCUGCCGUCUCCGCACCCGCCGCAGAAGCCGCGCCCCCCGCCGCGGCCGCCACCAUCGCCGCUGCCGCCGCGGCAGCCACCGCUGUCGUCGCCCCAACCUCUACAGUCGCUGUGGCCCCUGUUGCAUCUGUUUUGGAGAAGAAGACAAAGAGCAAGGGGCCCUACAUUUGCGCCCUGUGCGCCAAGGAGUUCAAGAACGGCUACAACCUCCGGAGGCACGAAGCCAUCCACACAGGAGCCAAGGCUGGCCGGGUCCCAUCGGGUGCUAUGAAGAUGCCCACCAUGGUGCCCCUGAGCCUCUUGAGCGUGCCCCAGCUGAGCGGGGCCAGCGGGGGAGGGGGAGAAGCCGGGGCUGGCGGAGGCACAGCCGCCGUGGCGCCCGGUGGCGUUGUGACCACGACUGCCUCUGGAAAGCGCAUCCGGAAGAAUCACGCCUGCGAGAUGUGCGGCAAGGCCUUCCGCGACGUCUACCACCUGAACCGACAUAAGCUGUCGCACUCGGACGAGAAGCCCUACCAGUGCCCUGUGUGCCAGCAGCGCUUCAAGCGCAAGGACCGCAUGAGUUACCACGUGCGCUCACAUGACGGCGCUGUGCACAAGCCCUACAACUGCUCCCACUGUGGCAAGAGCUUCUCCCGGCCGGAUCACCUCAACAGUCACGUCAGACAAGUGCACUCAACAGAGCGGCCCUUCAAAUGUGAGAAAUGUGAGGCAGCUUUUGCUACGAAGGAUCGACUCCGGGCGCACACAGUACGACACGAGGAGAAGGUGCCAUGUCAUGUGUGUGGCAAGAUGCUGAGCUCGGCUUAUAUUUCGGACCACAUGAAGGUGCACAGCCAAGGCCCUCACCAUGUCUGUGAGCUCUGCAACAAAGGCUUCACCACAGCAGCAUACCUGCGCAUCCACGCGGUGAAGGACCAUGGGCUCCAGGCCCCGCGGGCUGACCGCAUCCUGUGCAAACUGUGCAGCGUGCACUGCAAGACCCCUGCCCAGCUGGCCGGCCACAUGCAGACCCAUCUGGGGGGGGCCGCCCCUCCUAUCCCGGGAGAUGCCCCCCAGCCACAGCCUACCUGCUGAGGGGGACCCCUGCACCCACCAGGUACUGGUGAGGUUUGUCCAAUGGCGGCGGCAGCGGCAGCAGCAGCGGCAGCAGCAGUGGCAGCCCCUCCUACAGCUGUGGGCUCCCUCUCUGGGGCAGAGGGGGGUACCAGUGAGCUCUCAGCCACUUCCCUCCC